CAAAAUUCUACUUGUCAGGUUAAUCAUUGAGCAUCAGAUAUAGACUCAUACACCAUGCCUCCUAAAUAUGAGUCUGGUGCUCAAAAGAGAAAAAGGAAACGAACUGAGAUUUCAUUAAUUCAAAGUCAAGCAGGGGAUAUUGGCAAGUACUUUAAAAGCAACAAUAUGAAUACGUUGAAUGAGGAUGAAGUAGAGAUUCAACCUGCAUGUGUUAAUGAAGUAGAUGAUAAGGAUGAAGAAGUGAGUCAACCUACCGAUGUUAACGAAGUAGAUGAUAAGGAAGAAGAAGUGAUGAAGCCCGUCUCUAAUGAUGAAGAAGAUGAUAAGGAAGAAGAGGGUUGCUCUUCUCUAAAUUUGGAUGAUCCCGGGAAUUGGAAAAUUAUUGAUCAGAGAACAAAGGAUUACUUGGUUGAAAGGGGUCCAAAAAGAGUUGAUGAUAUCUCGUUUCCGAAAGAUUGUACAAAUAGGCAUUUUGAUUCUUCACAAUAUAAACGAUUGCUACGAAAUGGGCAAACAAUUGAUAGAAGAUGGCUAGUCUAUUCAAUAUCUAUGGACAGGAUCUUUUACUUUUGUUGUAAGUUGUUUAAAACAGCCAAAAACGCUACCAGAGUUGGCCAACUUGGUAACGAUGAAUUCAAAGAUUGGCAUAAUUUGCAUCGGUCUAUUAAAAGUCAUGAAGGAAAUGAAGAGCAUUUAUGUUGCAUGACUAGCUGGAUUGAAUUGGAAAAUAGGCUUCGAACAAAAACUACAAUUGAUAAAAGCGUUGAAUUGUUGAUCGAUGCGGAAAGAGAACAUUGGAGGCAUGUACUAACAAGGAUAAAUUUGAUGAAAACUGUAGUAAUGAGGUAA